AUGAAGUGCGCCAUUUGGUUUGGGGUCCUUCUGUGCCUGGUGGGGUGGGGAGCAGCGGUGGCCGGCGACGCGGUUGAAGACGCGGUUGGCGAAGCACCUAACAACACUGCUAACGAGGCGAUUGGCGACGCUCCUAACAACGCCGCUAGCAACGCGGAGGCGCUCGCAAACUUCGCGAACCCGAACGAGCUGUACGACCUUCUGGCAGAGGAGGCCAAGGGCGGCACUCAAGAUGGAGAUCGCCUGAAAGGGAGCGCUGAAGAUGGAGGUCGGCUCGAGGCGACCCCAAAGCUGAAGCGAAGAUGGGGAAAGACGCCCAAGGGGCUGAGUAAAGUGGCACGAGUAGACAAAGACACCUUCUUAACGCUGUACGAGUCUGCGCUGAGUCACUUCGACGUGGAUGGCUACGGCGCCUUCAUUCAGGAGGUAAUAGGUCAGAGGAGGGGUAGCGACCAACCAGGAGAAGCAAAGCGGUGGAGAAGAACCACUAGGCAGUCCCACCCCCAUUGCGACAAGGGGGUUAGCGGCGGGGUAAGAAGUGGACUUAGCAGCCGUGUGGGGGCUGACGGGAGGACGAUACCCCGUGGUGCCACAAAGGGAAGACAGACGAAGGAAGCUGGUGGAGGAGCCGCCACCAAUGUUGAAUAUCCCGGAGGAGCGAUCCGAUCAGCCUACGGAAACAACUUAAGCAAAUGGAUGAAAGAUUCUCUGCAAGAUAUAGAAUCUCCUGCAUCUAUAAAAGAACCCGGACUAGCUAAUAUGUUAAUACAGAGUCUGACCAUGGUGAAGGGAUUAAUCCAAUCAGUAGCUAGCUCAGUCGUCGAUAUCGUACCUCCGUUAAUCCCUCCACCUGUCUGGAUUAAUCGACCACUUCCCUGCCUUCCAAUGGUGACAGGAAAAAAUUGUUUAGGUUCUAUCCUUUACCCAAUAACAGCUGCCGAGUUCGUCACAGCUGACAUUACGGAUUCUACUAUGAAUGGAAUCAUUUCGAGCUUCCCUGCUAAGUAUGCUUCGAAAGUGGGAAAAACAUCCGAUGCGCAGUAUAGACUAUGUGCCAUGGCUUACCUUGGAAUGUAUUGUGCGUCUCUCUUUCCCAUCUGCUGGAUGCCCAUCGGAUUGAAGGUCGCAGAGACAAUGUCCGUUUGUUUUCCUCAAUGUUUGGCGACCCUUAUUGCUUGUCCUGGUUUCUGGAUAGACGACAUCGAAGGGCCUUGUAGCAAUGCAUCCGUGCCUCCGUUCUGUUCCUUCUCUGUCUUUGUUAAUCAGAAGAUUGUUCCUCCGCAAUUGACUUCGUAUGACGACUCUCAUGAUUAUCCAGCUACUUGUCCGACCCCAGAUUAUGAAUAUGACUCUCCGGAAGAACUGUAUCAGCAUGAUGAUACCCAUGUGGAGAGUGUUUAUACGAAGAAGAGGGAUGCCUAUUCCAAUGCAACUCUUCCGGUGUACCCAGAUUUGGUUGCCAAACUUUAUCCUGAUGAACUCACUGGAGAAGAACUCGACACCUGCAGAUGUGUUGAGAUGAGUCACCUCUGCAGGAGGCACUUUGCCAUUCCUGUCUUGAGGAAACGCCACCCCGUUUUUUACCCUUCCCAUGAGGAACCAGUGAAGUUGUCCCCCCGCCAGAGCAGAUGUUGCAGGGUGUGCAAGCCGAUCUGGCGGGUCCUCUUUCCACGCAGAUAG